CCAGUCUGGAGCCCGCGGGGCGCCGGCCACUCCCGCUCCUCCGCUCGCGCCUCCCUUCCCUCCUCCCCACUCUCUCCGAGCGCCCCAGCCUCCGCCCUGCGCUCGCCUCGCGAGCAGGCAUCGCCGGCGGGCGCGGGGAGCGGGGCUCGGGGCGCCAGCCGCUCUCUCUGCAGAGCCGCCCCCUGGCCGCGGCCGCCACGCACUGCCCAGACCGCGCCACUCCGGCUGGCCGCACGGAGUGCCCCGCACAGCCGGAGCCGGGACGCCGGACCCGAGCGCCCCGCAGACGGGCGAGCGUCUGUGGAAGCCCGGCUGGUAGCCCGCAGCAUGGAUUCGGAUUCGGGCGAGCAGAGCGAAGGCGAGCCGGUGACCACGGCAGGUCCUGAUGUUUUUAGUUCAAGGAACCUUGCCCUUCAAGCCCAGAAGAAGAUUCUGAGCAAAAUAGCCAGCAAAACCGUGGCCAACAUGUUAAUUGAUGACACCAGCAGUGAGAUCUUUGACGAGCUCUACAAAGUCACCAAAGAGCACACCCGAAACAAGAAGGAGGCCCACAAGAUCAUGAAAGACUUAAUCAAGGUGGCAAUCAAAAUCGGGAUCCUCUACCGGAACAACCAGUUCAACCAGGAGGAGGUUGUUACUGUGGAGAAGUUCAGGAAGAAGCUGAACCAAACCGCCAUGACCAUUGUCAGCUUCUACGAGGUGGAAUACACCUUUGAUAAGAACGUGCUCUCCAAGCUCUUACACGAGUGCAAGGACCUUGUACAUGAACUGGUGCAGCGACACCUGACUCCCAGGACCCAUGGGCGCAUCAACCACGUCUUCAACCACUUUGCUGAUGUGGAGUUUCUCUCCACCCUUUAUAGUCUGGAUGGAAACUGUAGGCCCAACCUCAAGAGGAUCUGUGAAGGAAUCAAUAAAUUGCUAGAUGAGAAAGUCCUUUGAAUGUCUUCCCUCCUCCUGGACUUUGCUGCCUUUAAGUCACAGAACCCAAUAUGGUCUGGGUGAGAAUUCAUAAAACAGGAAGAAACCCUUGUCGAAGACACCCAUGUUCUGUCCUUUUCGUCCCUCUGAUGUUGAUGCCAAGUUGAGCUCAGGUAUGUUUAUCCCCUGAGCUCACUGGCGAGGUCUUGUACUUAAAAACCACCUUUGUUUGCAAGCCCAAAGGACAUUUGAUCUAUUCUACGCAGAAAGGCUGCCCUGCUCAUCAAGGUGAGCACUUUUCAUCUUGUGCAGUGAAAGAAGCCCUGGACCAGGAGCUGGAGGACAGGAAUCUGGUUCCCAGCUCUACUAAUUAUGAUCCAUCCUCUGGAUCCUGCAACCAUGACGCCUGCCUGCCUCCCAGGGCUGCAGUGAGGAUCGAAUGAAACGAUGUACGUUCACGCUUUUGAAAACCCUAACGUAGGGUCUUAUUAUUUUCUCUUCGGAGUGAGAGGGAUCAACCUGGAUCUAGACUAUUAAGCCACAAAUAAUAGAACAGUAGUCUCGAAUGGGCUGGGUUUGCAAUCUGUCUCUAGAUGUGCUGUUUCAAACAAAUUUAAAAUGAAUCUAAAGGUGUGAAAAAGUAUAGCUGAAAAUUGGAAAAAUCUUUUUCAAGAGCUGUGUUUUUUAGAUCUUAGAUGUGCAGGUUUAUGAUCCUGCAGCGGUGGGUGGAGAGAGCUUCCCCCUGUCACACAGAAGCCGGGAAGGACUGUGCUCGCCAGCAGGACCUGCCCUCCCUCAUCUAUCUGUGAGGCAGCAGGAGGGUUUAUUCCAGCACGCAGGGGGAGAUUUGGGCAGAAUGAACCCCUAUCCGUCUUUUUGGCCUUUCAUAGUCAUUUUGUGCUGUUCUCUGGUUCAUUAAUAAAUUGAAACUAC